CAAAAUUACUCCAUUUCUCUGUCAGCAGCGUUGUCAUAAACUUGAUGGCUGCCUAUGCUUACGCGCGUAAAUGUGUAAGUGUGGGGUAUACAAGAGAAAUUAAAUACAUCGUUGUCGUUUCAUGUAUUUGCACAAAAUUCGCUUGACAAACUUCAAUUCCAGUUGCGGCUAAUCAGUUGAGUUUGAGCCGCAAAAGUGAAUACAACAUCAUUUAAAGUGAACGAUAGAAAGUGAACUUUUUGUGUGAAUCUAUGACGAUGCUAUUAGCAAGCAAGUAAACCAAUCCUUGCGCUGAUGUUUUUUUAUUUUUUAUUUAUGGCUUUUAUUAUUAAUAUAAAGCCGGUAUUUUUGUUUAACGUGAACGUUGCAUUCCUCUAAUGCUUUCGCUUGGACUAAAGGAAUUCUUUUUGAACUAAAGCAAAUCUUGUAAGAGAUUAAAUUAAAAAAAAAUACAAAAAAAAUAAAGAUAAAAAAAAAUUAUGUAAAAAAAGAAAGUUAAGAAAUAAGUACUUUAGAUAAUUUACUGAUGACUGCUGGUGUUAAGGCGAAAAGAAAAAAGAGAAACAAAAUAUGAAAAUAUUCCAAGAAAAGAAAUAAACUUGAAAACAUCAAAUAAGACGUAACAGCUGAAAUUAUGUUUAAAUUGAGUUAAAAUAUAAUUUUUAUGUUGGCAUGUGCACCGACUACAGCAACAACAAUAACAACUGGCAGAUGAUACAAUCAGUCAGUAGAUAAUCGUUAAGGAAUAAACUUGUUUUCAACGCAUUGAAGUUAAACUUCUUUUUCAACGUAAAAGGACUGACUUUUUCGUAUAGCCAACAGUUGUGCGUCUGCUUACUCGCUUUAAAUAUAAAUAUAUACCCCAGUGUCUCUUUGUGCGUGUUUGUGUUUUUGUGCGUGUGUGUAUUUUCAUAAUAUUUAAUGCAAAGAUGCAUCUGCCGUUAACACAUUUUUGGAUAACUUUGACAUUUACGUUGCUUGCGGGCUUUAGCUUAUGUGCUUCGCAAUCUCCUCCAGUGCAGAAAUUUCGUGUGACUCCGCACGAUUUGCAAAUACUGGAAGGCACCGACACGCUAUUACGCUGUGAGGUCGCAAAUCGUGCCGGUCAGGUUCAGUGGACAAAAGAUGGUUUUGCUUUGGGCUUUUCCGCGGUUAUACAUGGCUUCCCCCGAUACUCGGUUCUGGUGGAUGCUGCGAACGGUAUCUACAAUUUGCAAAUUAAAAAUGCUUCACUUGAAGACGAUGCGGAAUAUCAGUGUCAAGUGGGACCAGCUGCAGGCAAUCCUGCUAUUCGAGCCAACGCCAAGUUAAGCAUAGUCGCUGCUCCUAGUUCUAUAGCUAUUGAUGGUUACGCGCAAAAUGCCAAAGUCGAAAUAAUAGAAAAACAAAAUUUGACGCUUAAAUGCAUUGCACAGAAUGCUAAUCCUGCAGCUGAAUUACUUUGGAAUCGCGACAACACACCUUUAGUUGCAAUUCAAGCACGUGUUGAGGUGACCGAAACAUCUGCGAAACGUUUUACUACAAUUUCUACUAUAACUUUACAACCGACUGCCGAUGAUGAUUAUAAAGACUUUUCAUGCGAAGCCAAACACAAGGCCUUACCACCCGAUGUACCCAUGCGUUCUACAGUACAACUAUCGGUUUUGUAUCCUCCUGGUACACCAUUUUUUGAGGGCUACAGUCAAGGGGAGACAUUAAGACGAGGACAAAAUGUAAAAAUUUCAUGCCGCAGUAGGGGUGGCAAUCCUCCCGCUCAAUUAAUUUGGUAUAAGAAUGGGUUACCUAUUAGUUCACCUCAACGAACUUCAGGUCGUCUGUCGGAGAAUGUUUACAGUUUUGUAGCUGAAGAACAAGAUGACGGUGCGAAUUUAGUUUGCGAAGCUAAAAAUAUACUCUCUAACACUGCCUUUAAGACUGAAGUUAAUUUAACUGUUUUAUUUGCCCCCAAGGAAGUCACUAUAAAUGGAGCCACGGAGGCUAAAGUGGGCGAUGUAGUGCAGUUAACUUGUCUUACGGCACCGUCUAAUCCAGCAGCACGCAUUAGCUGGUCUUUAAAUGGUCGCCCGUUAGGUAACAACACAUAUAAAACAUUGCGUUCAGCAACUGGCGGCGGUUGGAUUAGUUCGUCGAACGUUUCCAUAAACAUAGAUACAAAUAGUCGUACGUUUGUGGCUGUUUGUCAUGCUCUUAAUGUAGAAUUAACGCAAAAUAUUGUUGGUUCGCAUAGUGUGCAUGUGCUAUAUCCCCCAUCGCCACCCUUAUUGACGGGCUAUAAUGACGGUGAUGUCAUCAUUUCGGGUUCAGUUAAAAAGUUGCAAUGCUCUUCGUUGGGUGGCAAUCCUCCACCAAAUUUAACUUGGUAUAAGAAUGACAAAAAAUUGAAUACAAUGUCUAAAGUGCAAGAUUCUAAAAUAACCUCGGAGCUUACUAUACUGGUUAAUGCGUCAGACAAUAACGCCAUUUACAAAUGUGAGAUACAAAGUUCAGCUAUUGAGAUACCAUUGUUUGCUACAAAAACGUUAAGCAUACAUUUUCCUCCGGAGACAGUUAAAAUCACAGUAGAGCCGAAAAAUUUGGUUCCUGGUACAAGAGCCAAGUUGAUUUGUGACUCUAGUUCAAGCAAUCCCCCAGCCAAGGUGUCUUGGUGGAAGGAUGGUAUACCGGUGGAAGGGGUAAAUCUUUCGAAUAAGCCAGGAUUAUGGGGUGGUUCCGUAACCACCUUGGAAAUAUAUGUGAACAUAACUCAAGAUUUGGACGGUAUAGUAUACACUUGCCAGAGCAAUAAUGAAAUCUUGCAGCGCAGUGUUCAUGAAACCAUUAGCUUGGAUAUUUUAUAUCCCCCGAAAUUCGAUAACACUCAAACCAAUACUUAUGUGGGAAUUGAAGGCGAACCUUUGCAUAUAGAAUUACAUGCUUCGGGAAAUCCUAUGGCUAUGACUUAUACGUGGACUAAAGAUGGUUUACCUAUUCUAUCUAAUGGUAUUCAAGGCCAACGUAUUUCAUCUGAUGGGCCCGUCCUUAAUAUAAGUAGAAUAUCGCGAAAUGAUGCCGGCAGUUAUAUUUGUGAAGCCAUGAAUUCCCAAGGCACUACCAUCAUGGAAGUACAGCUAGUUGUGGAAUAUCCCCCUCAUAUAGAAUCAGUGUCUGAGGGUGCAAGUUUCGUGCCUGGCGAAGAUGCAGUUCUAGCUUGCAGUAUUAUGGCUCGACCUUUGUCCUCCGAACAUGUCACUUGGCUGCGAAGUGGCUAUGACUUGAAUGGUCGGACUACCACCACUUACGACAAUGGAACGUCGUAUUUGCACAUAAGCAAUGUUCAAAAAUCAGAUAUUGGCAACUUUACUUGUGUAGUGAAUAACCGAAGAGGUCCGCCGGCACAGAAAGAGGUCUUACUUAUAGUCCAAUCCGCCCCCGAACUUGAUCACUCUCCGUCGUAUACCCGAUUCGCCGGACGUUUAGGUGAACGGACACGAUUGACUUGUAGAGCUUUGGCAGCACCUCAACCUAAUUUUAUUUGGCGCCGUCAGGGCAAGGAUUUAAAGAUGCGCCGAAAUAAAUUCAAAGCUAUAGAUCGUAGAUUGGAUGCCUUUACCUAUGAGUCAACUUUGGUUAUAGAAAACACGUCAAAUGACGAUUAUGGCCAAUAUGAAUGUAUGGCACGUAAUGCACAUGGUCAAGCUAGUACCACGUUGGAGUUUUCUAAGCCUAUGCGGCCAGACACUCCGCUCGAAUUGUUGGUAAACAAUGUUACAGAAAAUGGGGUAGAUCUGUCUUGGAUACCAGGCUUUGACGGUGGCCUGCCAGUUUAUUAUCGUUUACGGUUUAAAGUAUACAAUGAAGACAAAUACAAGUACAUCGAUGGCAAGCCGGGUAGCUUAAAUGUCACCAUUGAUGGUUUAAAGGCAGGCAGUACGUAUGUCUUUUCUGUAAUGUCUGCUAAUGAAGCGGGUGGCAGCAAAUUCUUGCCUGAUAUCAAAUUAACUUUAGCAAAAGGAUCUACACCUUUAUCAGCAGAAUUAAAUGAAAAGGAUGAAAUGCCUAAUUUUAUGAUAAUUGGUAUAACAUCGGCUGCGAUGGUUUUAUUAAUACUGAAUGCUGCUUUGGUAGCUUGGUUUGUGAUUAGACGACAAAAUAAAAAUGCAAACGAAGUAGAAGCACCCAACGAUGAUGCAUAUUCUAAAGAGGACAAUCAGUCGGUGUAUAAGUUACCCAUUUCUGCUUUGCAGGCCGAUGUACAGAAACAACCUACUGCCACUUAUUUGGUUGAAAAUGUUGAUAUUAUACAAUCCACUUCGUAUCCACCUAAAUAUCAGGAGAGUUCAAUGUGCACACCGCCUUAUGCGUGCAAUCCAGACUUUACACGUACCCUACCCAAUCCUAAAAGACAUAGCAGCCGUAACGGCAUACCCGAAUCGGCACGUUCCAAAGAUGAUCAUAUGAUUAUGUCGAAUGGCAUUUAUAUUCCCUCACCAUCUCCAGCAUCGUCAUUGGUUAUUAAGGGCAGUUACAUUUCUUCGCCUUCUCCGGCGCCACCUCCAGACGGUUCUUACUUCAAUAUGAGUGACAAGUAUAUUUCGUAUCCACCAGUGGCCUACUAAAUGAAUGAAAACUAAACUUAAGCAACGGCCAGCAAUAUUAGCAUGACACAGAGCUUAUACUGCCGGAUAGACUGAAUGAAUCAUUCAAAUGAAAAAUCCAAAAAGAAAAGAAAAGAA